AUGUCACUCCCAUCAUCUGACUUUGACUUUAGAACUUCUGUCAACCUAUAUAGCCUCGUUUUAACUGCUCAACAAGUGGAAUCAAAACUUAAAGCCCUUGAUCCCCAUAAGGGAAUGGGUCCGGACUCUCUACCUCCUGCGGUGAUCAAGUACUGCAGUCCAGUUUUGGCCCCACAUCUCUCAAUUUUUUUCGACACACUGCUCGAGAGUGGCACCUUCCCUGCAAAUCUAAAGAUUAGUUUCAUCACCCCUAUUUUCAAAUCUGGUAAGCGUUCCAAUGUAACCAAUUAUAGGCCGAUAGCCAUUCAGUCGGUGCUUGCAAAGGUUUCUGAUAGCCUUGUGGUGGAUAAACUUGUAUUUAAUCUCAAGCAUGUGAUCGCUGAGGAACGACAUGGCUUUAGGAGUGGUCGAUCGGCCUCUACCAAUAUGCUGGUGCUACAUAACUAUGUCACAUCUGCAUUUUUCAGGCGGAGGUAG